UGCUUGCUCGCUGCUCUCUCCCCGUCGAGAAGCGGAACGGGAUGGGGGGCGAGGCGACUGGGGGGGUGACUCCCCGGGCGAUUCCCAGGGUGUGUCCCCGGGGGACCGCGGAGGCCGCCGCCGCGCCAUGCCUCCCCGCGGCGGCUCGGGCGGGUAUUGGCGGCCGGUUUUGGGCCCUGAUGGAGUCAGACAACGAGGACGACGCCGGAGAUGGAGACUUGGCGAUGCGUUCGCCGCUGUCACCUACGCCUAGUUCUUUGAUUGGCGAUCUAUUUCAUGCAGGUUAUGAUGAAGAUGCGGUCGCCAAUAACGUAGACACAAUGGUGCCGGUGGAAGAUCCGGUGCGGGUGGGGCUUCACCCGGACGAGAGGAGGGAAGUGGUACGACGUGUCGUUCAUCGGAGAAAUGCGGCAUCGACGGUCAGGCCAUGGAAGGGCCCUAUACCCAAGGUUUUAUUCCGGACUACGGCACUGAUUCGUUCGUGGUCGCCACUCACCCAGACGGAGGCCAGGGAGCAUUUGGUUACUGGGUCUGUCCGCUGGGAGAUGGUAGCUCGGGAUAUCUUCGACCGGUUUGGAUGGCGGUCAUGUAAUAGGAUAGGUAUUUAGUGUUCCUAUCUACUUUACCCAGCCGGCUGUGGCAUCUUGAUUUGGCUAGUUGUUGUUUCUAGCCUUUUUUUGGCUCUGUGUGAGCUUUUUCUACUUUUUUACGACCAUUGG